CAACAAUUCUCCCUCCCCUUCAUCUCGACCUUAUUCUUGGCCCCUCCCCUGUCUCCUUCCCCCGUCAAUUGGUUUCCUUUUCCUUAUUUUCGCCUCCAUUGACCUCUUCUCUCCUGAGCACACUUCUCUUCCCUUCCCUUGUAUUGUUGCUCGCGAUUUUGACACGAAGAUACCCCCAAGAUGGCUCAACGAAUACAAAACUCUCUUCUCCCCUCCCUCUCUUCCUCCACCUCUACCACCUCCUCUCUCUCCAGAUUUUCGAACACAUGCACAUCUUCUUCUCUCUUACCCCUCCCACAGCCUGCUUCUCGCUCGUUUUCUACCUCGGGAUGUCGUCAAACAAGGCUUCGCCGUACCAUGUUCAAUUGGCUCGAAGGUAAAGGAGCCGAGUUGAAGCAUCAUGUUCCUGGUGAACUGAAUUACCUCACCCAUACCAAUAAACCAUUUCCUUUGAACGAGCAGUAUCGCAGCGAACCCAUUCUAAGCGAGGCGCUGCGAAACGAGAUAUAUGACCGCGUCAUAAGGAAGAAGCAGAGCGUGCGAGGUGUGAGUGUUGAGUUCGGUGUCGAUAUGAGGAGAGUGGGUGCAGUUGUUCGACUGGUCGAGUUGGAGAAUAGAAUGAGAGACCAGGGCAAAUCCCUCGCGCUCCCAUACGCCCGUGCAGUUCACGAGAUGGUUCCCACUACUCCCUAUGUAGAAGGCGACCGAAUCAGACACGAAUCCAUCAAUGAUCUUCCAGUUCAUCGCUUGACCGACCCUCAGAUCUUCUAUCCUGUGUCUGAAUCUCGGGAAUUCAACCGUUUCGACGCCGGCCGAGCAUUCUCCGCUGCCCCUGCUCUUCCUCACAAGAUCACAAGCGAGAUGAAAGAACAACCCGAUGAAACCAUCCGCAAGAUUACCCAGGGAUUGUCUCCAAUCGAGACUGUCGGCAAGCGCGAAGAUGAGCAGCAGGUUCUUUUGCCUGCGGACGCGCGUAUCCCUCACCCGCACAUGAUCGUCAACGACCGCAACCGUCUCACCAUCGGCAAGACGGAGCCGAAGGAGGUUCGUCAGAGAUAUCGGGAGCGCCUUGCGCAGGAGUCUGAGCGGGAUCAAUACCGCAAGGACCGGAUCCAGCAGCACCUGGAGCGGACGACUCAGAAGGUCGAGCCCGAGAACUCUCGGUUCGAGUUCCGCUUCAGAGAUGUGGUCGUCAGCCGGGAAACCACCGGCCCCACUGGCCGGGGCCACCUGGCCCCUGGUCGCCGCUAUGGUAUCCCCAGCUACGACCGGAAGAAGGGCGAGGUCAAGAUUCCUACUCGCGUGGAUGUCUAAAAACCCUUUCCUUUUCCUCUUUUUCCCUCAUCUUCUUGACUUCUUCACCUGGAUGAGAUCCCUCGCGCGGAUGAAUGCUGUACGGAUAUUAUCGGUGUACCAAUGAUGGCUCCUUCUUCUCUUCUCGAACUGUAUUAUAUGGGCAUAUAAUUCUCUAUGUCUCUUGUGUGGUGUCUUUCCAGCUUUGUUCGAUGUUUUGUGUGCGUGCUUGCCUUGCGGUUACUUUUUUUCCGCCCCAGGAUGGGAUGGAUCUAUUUUUACAGAUUCCCUUGAGCAGGAGUAUGUGUAUCUAUCUACCUUUCUUUUCUUUCUUCUACUUUGUGAUUCCCCGAUCACGAUCAUCUACCCCUAUAUGUUUGGUGCACAGAAUCAUCUGGGCUACCUCUGUGAUGUCGACGAUGCCACAGCAAUACAAACAAUCAAUCAACAUCUC